GUGACCAAACUGGUUCACUUUAUUAUUAAUCAAGUGCAAGUGCGUUUUUUGUUUCUUUGACUCUUGUUUAUGAGAUAAAAAGAAAAGACAACAACAACUAUUGUGGUGUACGAUACCCCUGGACGUAACCGCCUCCCCCUAAAAAAAACUACAAUAAAUUAUAUUAAGAAAAAUUGCAAACUAUAUCUCGUUGACGAUGUUACUUGCUGUUGCAGUUCCAUUGUGAGAUUACUAGCUAGACAUUUAUACAUACAUAUUCGAUUAUAUGAAUACACGAAUGUGUGUGUUUUGUCUUUAGCAUUUAUUUUGUAUAUUUUUUGCUGGUUGAGCAGAGUGGAGUAGUGCAUUCAUUGUUGUCUCAAGAGCCAGCGAAUGUAAGAAGCCAGGUGCAGUUGCUGCUGCUGCUGUUACUACUACUGCAAAGCUUACCACAUUAAGAAUGCUGGUUGUACUGGUUCAGUUCUUUAACGUGCGUUCCCAACGACGGUCAUAAUUAAAACAAAAAUUACAGCAACACAAACAAAUUGCACUGUGUUUCGUUCCCUCCCAACGAACAACGUACCACAGCAGUGAGAUUUUAUUUUGCGGCUAUUGAGAAUUAUUUUAAUAAUUAGUACAAAGAAAUCUUGAUCUUUGAAUUGCUUAAAAUCAACAAACCAAAAAACAUACAUACAUAUGUAUGUACGUAAAGCUUCAAAACGUCUAUACUAAAUAUCUAAUAAACUAAUUUGUCAACAUCAUCAUAAAGAAAAAACCGGAAACUGUAAACCAUUUAAUAUUCACAUUGUCAUUGUAUUGCACUGCAUUUUCCUACAAACAAAAAAAAAAACUAAUGUUUUGUGCUUGAUUAAGAUCAUGGCCAAUACUACAAACAAAGAGAGUCCCAGUCGUGAAUCUACAAAUUCCUCCUCGGCCCGCAUAUCGCUACUAACGGAUGCAGAAUCCUUGACCCGUGAUUAUAGUUUGGGUAGUUUAAACUCAGCCGUCAGCCAAGAUGAGUUCUUUCGCUGUCGUGAUCACGCUGAAAGUGUCCUCAAACGUAUGCAAUUAUAUUUGGAGAAUCAACAGCUAUGUGAUGUUGUCCUAAUAGCAGGCAUUGAUGGUCGUAGAGUGCCUGCACAUCGUCUAGUAUUAUCAGCUUCCAGUGCUUAUUUUUCUGCCAUGUUCACGGGAUCUUUGCGUGAAACGAAAGAAGAAGAAGUAACUCUAGGCGAGGUACAUGGAGAUGCAUUACAAAUACUUGUGCAAUAUUGCUAUACGGGUUUUAUUGAGUUGCGUGAGGACACAGUUGAAACACUAUUGGCCACAGCUUGUCUUUUACAAUUAAAUGCCGUGGUUACAGCCUGCUGUAACUUUUUAGCUAGACAAUUGCAUCCCUCAAAUUGUUUGGGAUUUGCAUUUUUCGCCGAACAACAAAGUUGUAAUACCUUAUUAAGAUUGGCCAAAGCCUAUACAUGUCAACACUUUAUGCAGGUUUGUAAAAAUCAAGAGUUUUUCCAAUUAAAUGGCGAUCAAUUGGGCAAAUUACUUGCUAGCGAUGAUCUCAAUGUACCCUCGGAACAGGAUGUUUUCCACAGUUUAAUGUCUUGGAUACAACAUGAUCCAGCUGUUCGAGAAAAAUACAUUCCCGAAUUAUUGGCAUUGGUGAGAUUGCCAUUGCUACAGCCGUCCUUUAUAAUGGAUCAUGUGGAGAGUGUUUGCGCCUCAAAUGAAUGUCAGCAAUUGGUAAUGGAGGCUUUAAAAUGGCAUUUAUUACCUGAAAGAAGAUCGCUUAUAGCUUCAGAACGUACAAAGCCAAGAAAGUCAACCGUCGGUAAAUUGUUGGCGGUUGGUGGAAUGGACGCCCAUAAGGGAGCCAUCAGUAUUGAAAGCUAUUGCCCUCGUUUAGACAAAUGGACUGUAUGGAAAAAUAUGUCAGCUCGGCGUUUGCAAUUUGGCGUGGCUGUAAUGAAUGAUAAGUUAAUUAUUGUUGGUGGUCGUGACGGUUUAAAAACGCUUAACACAGUAGAGAGUUUAGACUUGAAUUCUUUGGCAUGGGCUCCGUUGAAUCCAAUGGGAACGCACCGCCAUGGCUUAGGUGUUGCUGUUUUAGAAGGACCUUUAUAUGCCGUGGGAGGUCAUGAUGGCUGGAGCUAUCUUAAUACUGUAGAAAGAUGGGAUCCUGUGGCACGCACUUGGAGUUAUGUGGCUCCUAUGUAUUCUAUGCGCUCUACUGCAGGAGUGGCUGUUUUAGGAGGUCGCUUGUAUGUAGUUGGUGGUCGUGACGGUUCUGUGUGUCAUAGAUCUAUAGAAUGUUAUGAUCCUCACACAAAUAAGUGGACUAUGCGUGCUCCCAUGAAUAAACGCAGAGGCGGUGUUGGAGUCGCUGUGGCACAUGGUUUUAUUUAUGCUUUGGGAGGUCAUGAUUGCCCUGCUAGUAAUCCUUCGGUUUGUCGUACUGACACAGUCGAGAGAUAUGAUCCUGGUACUGACACUUGGACUUUGAUUUGUUCCUUGAGUAUUGGUAGAGAUGCAAUAGGUUGUGCUUUAUUAGGCGAUCGUUUGAUGGCCGUUGGCGGUUACGAUGGUAAUCACUAUUUAAAAACGGUGGAAGAAUAUGAUCCUGAAGCUAAUGAGUGGACGCAAGUAUCAUUAUUGACAUUUAGUCGUGCUGGAGCGUGUGUCGUGGCCAUUCCAAAUAUAAUACCCCCUUCUGCACCUAUGCCCAGUUCUACAAAGCAAUGGAAACCUGUGAGAUUGAAUCCUAGUUGCUAUCGUCGUACUGUGGAAUUUGUGGAUUAUUAUAAUCUAUAAGAUGCAUACACACAUAAUUAAUUAUACAUAUAUUUUUCACUAUUUCACUAUCACAAAUCUACUUUAAAAAUUAUCACUGCACAUUGGGGGUAUAGCCAUUUUUUUGUCAAGUAUCAUGCAAUAUGAUUUUUCAAAAUUUUCCCUAUUUUUACAACUAAGUUAAUGUGAAUUAAGAAUACAAGAUAUAAUUUUUAAAUUCGAUUCCAUCAAAUUUGUAAUAAAAAUAUUAUGUAUUUGAUUGUACGAUGUCCAUAUUCAUAGAUAUUUGCAAAAAAAAGUUAUAGCCCUACAUACUGCACACGAAUGAAUUAUUAUUAACUACAUAUAAUAUAUUUAUACAAGCAUAAUUUUAAGCAAUGAUAUUUUAUUGUAUUUUAAUUUUUUAAUACAUUUACUAUAAUUCUGACGAAAAUAAAAUUUAGUUUUAAAACUAUUCCAAUGAAUCAGUUUUGGAAUUCAAGAAAA